UUGUACUCCAGACACUGUAGACAAGCUCUCUUCAUCUGCCUGGUGUCUCAUCAAUUCAUUCGGGCUUUUGUCCGCUGAAACCAGCUGAAAUAGUGAGCAUUUAAACGUCGGACCAUGCGUAAAGGACUUCUGAAACUUCUUUACAUCUUCAUAUUUUCGUUUAGUCUUUUUAAAGCAUCAGCUGUUAUUUAUCAGGUUCCUGUGGGACUGCAACGCACAGUAUCAGAACAAAACACUGGACGCCCCCCUGCUGGAGCAAUCACACUCAACAGGAAUUGGUGCCAGUACACAGUACAAAAGACCGUUUCAUGCCAGACACAAAAUGGGACAGAGACUGUUGUGCAGCGACUGUUUCAGAGUUGCCGCUGGCCUGGGCCAUGUUCAAACCUCAUCAGCUACAGAACGCUGAUGAGACCUGUGUACAGAGUGACCUACAGGAAAAUCACUUCUCUGGAAUGGCGUUGCUGUCCAGGAUUUCAUGGGGAAGACUGCAGAGAGGAGUGCAUGAAUUGCACUGGCUAUGCUGACAUCAAUGAGCGGCUGAGUGUCAUUGAAGCUCAGAUAAUGUUACUAAAAGAUGCAGAGGCACCUCCUCUCCCCUUAACCAACCAAUCACCAGAGAGAACAGCUGAUAAUGAGGUGGACAGGCCCCACCCCUCACCCAUCACACCCAAUGCCAUUGGCCGACCAGGACCAAGAGGACAACCAGGGCCAGUGGGCCCCCCUGGGCUUCCUGGACCUUUAGGAAAGACAGGAUUUGCUGGGAAACCUGGACCUGUGGGACCCACAGGGUCGCAGGGGCCACAAGGCCCCCCAGGAGAGAGAGGCCUUCCUGGGCCACCUGGGCCUCCAGGGCCCACUGCAUCUUCUCCCUUCUCCAUCAGGAGAGAUGUUUUCACAUUAACAGCGAGACAGCAUGUUCAGUAUGAGGAUGGUGACUUCCCUGCCUAUCGUGAUCAGACUUUUCUUGGUCCCCCUGGACCCUCGGGCCCACCUGGCCUGCCAGGGCCCGCUGGACCACCCGGAAGCCCAGGUGCCCCUGGAAAAAACGCUGCUCUAAGCCUGUUAGGGAAACCAGGGGACAGAGGCCCCAAAGGAGAUCCAGGAGAAAAAGGUCCACCUGGACUCACAGGAAAACAAGGACAGCCUGGUUUUCCAGGUCCAAAAGGUGAGCCAGGAGAGACUCAAGCAGAGGUGCAGCAGUUAAGAGAGGCUCUGAAAAUUCUGGCAGAGAGGCUUCUUAUUCUAGAACAUAUGAUUGGGAUUCAUGAUACUCUGGUGGAGUCUGGUUCUGGAAUAGACCUCCUGGCAGAUUUCAUGGCGACGGGCAAUGCUAAAAGUGUUGGACGUGGUUGACUGUCUUCUCCUCUUACCUAAGACCAAGAGAAGCUGGACUCUGUUGGGUGUGAAAAGAGAAUAACACACUUGUGACCACUACAGGUGCAAUGCCUUUAUCUCCUGUCUGUUGUUUUGAAGGACAUAUCCCUCGAUAUACAUUAUUUUUGUGAUGGUUACAGGAUUAAGAGAUUUUCACAUGCCAUUCAUUGGAUUUGUGUUUCAAUUUUGUCAUUCUGGGUUUGUUUUAAAGUGGCAGUGAUCUUUUUAAUUCCCUAAUCUUUAUGUACUUCUGUUUUAAUGUUUAUUGGUAAUCAACUUUUUGCAUUUUCCAGUCACUGUCUUUACUUGUCCUACACGGUUAUAGUUCACCUAAAAACAAGAGGGAACAUUUUGAAGAAUGUUGACAAUGCUCUUUAUUCAAUACAGUUAAAGUGAAUGGUGACUGAGGCCUAACAUGUCCUUUUGUUCAAUGGAAGAAUGAAAGACACAUGGAUUUGGAACAACAUGAGAGCGAAUAAAUGAUUAUAGAAUUUUCUUUUUUGGGUGAACUAUCCCUUUAAGUGACUAUGCAGUUUUAAGUUUUUAAUUUUUUUUUUAUUAUUAUAGUAUAAACAAGGGUUUCGUAAAGGCAGCUUUGGCCACUUAAGCCAAACAAAAAGUAGCAUUCUUUACAUUAUUUUCUUCAAAAUUAGCUUUAUGAGUUUGUUGUGUAUCGUGGAUAAUGAUUUUAUAACACAGUCUUUUAAGUAGCAAUUAUUGUCGUAGAGACUGCAGUUCUCCAGCAAACAUAAAACAGCAAACAUUCUUGUCAUUUCCUUUCUGUGUUCUGAUUGAUGACCUACGAUGACCUCAUGCACGUAAUUAUCGGCAGUCUCAGCUGUGUCUUUGUAUAAACACAAUCCACGGCUCAAAGCUCACAGUAAAUAAAAAUAGAUGAGAAUGGAUCUUUAAAACCAAAUUUGGCCCUUUGUCUGCUUAGAAAGUGCAACGUCCACCACAAUAAAAUGUGUUUACACCUUU